CAAAUACUCACCUUGUGUACUUUACUAUCCAACCCAAAUUUUCAUUGUUUCCUCCUUAAGCUCGUCUCUUUUAAUUUAUUUUGUGCAGGCAAACAUGGGUGUCACCACUUACACUCAGGAGUUCACAACCUCCAUUGCUCCAUCUAAGAUGUUCAAAGCUUUGAUCCUUGAUUCACACAACCUAAUUCCCAAGCUCAUGCCUCAGUCCAUAAAGAGCAUUGAAAUUAUUCAAGGAGAUGGUGGGGCUGGAAGCAUCAAGCAAACCAACUUCCCUGAAGGUGGUCAUUUCAAAUUCUUGAAGCACCGGAUUGAUUCUCUGGACAAAGAAAACUAUUUCUGCAAGUACACAUUGAUUGAAGGUGAUGUGUUGGGUGACAAACUUAAAUGGAUUGUAUACGAAGUUAAGUUUGAGGCAUGUGGUGAUGGAGGAGCUGUGUGCAAGAUGAGAAGCGAGUAUCACACUGCAGAAGGUGUCGAGCUCAAGGAAGAAGAAAUCAAACAAGGCAAAGAGAAAGCUAUGGGGAUGUACAAGGUUGUAGAGGCCUACCUCACGGAAAACCCUCAUGUCUAUGCUUGAGCCUUGAGUUGAGGCCGGGUCUCUAGAUCUAAUUAAUUUGUUGAGAUGUUAUAUAUAGUUUGUCUUCCUCUUAUUAUAUGAGUCUUGCAGUGUGAUUAAUUCUCUGUUCUACUUGCUUUUCUGUAGUAUUUAUAUGAUCCUGAGUCUUAAGUGUCAUAUUACAUAAGCCUACCCCAUGUUGUGGCAUUUCACACCGUUGGGAGCGUGCUUGAAAUGUUUGAUUUGUAAUACAUACGAUUGGAUACAUGUGGUAAAUUCUUGCCUUCUUGGUAUUAAUGGUGGGGUGAUUAAUAAAGAAUUAAUAAUUUUGUUACA